AUGGAAGGAAAGGUAGGAAAGCAAACACAGAUAUGGCAAACUUGCAGGAGACAAUGGACAGAGCUGGAGACAAAUAGGCUGGAGCAUGGUCCGAAGACCAGGAUGAUUCCUGGAGGUAGCAACAAUGAGGAUGAAGAGGAUGUGGAAGAUAUUAAUGUUGGAGAAGAUGAUAUUAUGAUGGAUGACGUGCUCGAUGCUGAUGAUAACAGCAGGAGAGUUGACGAAACAACAAAAACUGAAACUGGCGAUGGGAGUCCACAACCUGAGAAUGAGAUGAAGGACCAGUAG